UAAACCAACACAAGCCAAAAAACAAGAGAGGAAAAAAAAAAAAAAAAGAAAAAGAAAAGGAGAAAAAAAAGUGGGAAAGAGAAGAGAAGAUAAGAAGCAAAAACAGAAAAAGGCUGCUCCAGUACUGAUCUUAAGGAGAAGGAGAAGAGAACACACUGUGUUAGCCUAAAAAAAACAUCUCUCUCUUUGUUUCUUGGUUUCUUGGUUUUUUUUAAGAUGGAGGUGGAGCUUUUCUUGUACUGGCUUAAGCUGGUUGGCAUAUGUUUCUUUAUAUUAGUUAUUGUUUUAAAGAUUGUAGUGUUGCUUUGGUGGAGACCAAGAAGAAUUGAAGAACAUUUCUCAAAGCAAGGAAUUAGAGGGCCUCCUUAUCGUUUCUUUAUAGGCAAUGUGAAAGAGCUCGUAGAGAUGAUGUUGAAGGCUUCUUCUCAACCCAUGCCUUUCUCUCACAACAUUCUUCCCAGAGUUCUUUCCUUUUAUCAUCACUGGAAGAAAAUUUAUGGUGCAACCUUUCUAGUAUGGUUCGGACCAACUGGUAGACUCACUGUCUCUGAUCCAGAACUUAUCCGCGAAAUUUUCACUACAAAGGCUGAAUUCUAUGAGAAGAUUGAAGCUCACCCUCUUGUUAAACAGCUUGAAGGUGAUGGACUCCUUAGUCUAAAAGGUGAAAAAUGGUCUCAUCAUAGAAAAAUCAUAAUUCCUACAUUCCACAUGGAAAAUCUCAAAUUGCUGGUUCCUGUGGUGGCAAACAGUGUGAUCGAGAUGUUGGAGCAAUGGUCGAAAAUGUCGAAAUCAAAUGAAGUAGAGAUUGAAGUCUCUGAAUGGUUCCAAACCCUAACAGAAGAUGUUAUUACAAGAACUGCAUUUGGUAGUAGCUAUGAAGAUGGUAAAGCUAUUUUUCGAUUACAAGCACAGCAAAUGGUUCUAGCUGCUGAGGCCUUCCAAAAGGUUUCUAUCCCAGGUUAUAGAUUUUUUCCGACUAGAAGAAAUAUGAAUUCGUGGAAAUUAGACAAGGAAACGAAGAAAUCGCUAAUGAAAUUGAUCGAUCGACGGAGAGAAAAUACGAGUAAUGCAAUGCAGGAUGUGAAGAACCCGAAAGAUUUACUAGGAUUAAUGAUCCAAGCCUCAAAGUCAUGCCCAAAUGUGACUGUCAAUGACAUAGUUGAAGAGUGUAAGAGCUUUUUCUUUGCGGGCAAACAGACCACAUCCAAUUUGCUGACGUGGACAACUGUCUUAUUAGCAAUGCACCCACAGUGGCAGGUGCAAGCACGUGAGGAGGUACUAAGGGUGUGUGGAUCACGUGACAUACCCACUAAAGAUGAUGUUGUAAAGCUUAAGACGCUCGGUAUGAUACUAAAUGAAUCUCUUCGGUUGUAUCCACCCACAAUCGCCACGAUCAGACGGUCAAAAACGGAUGUAGAGCUCGGGGGCUACAAGAUUCCGCGUGGGACCGAGCUUCUAAUACCAAUCCUGGCCGUUCAUCAUGAUCAGUCAAUAUGGGGGAAUGAUGCAAAUGAGUUCAAUCCAGGGCGUUUCUGUGAUGGUGUUGCAAAGGCAGCAAAGCAUUCUAUAGCUUUUAUACCAUUUGGGCUUGGUGUCCGAACCUGCAUUGGCCAAAACUUGGCCAUUUUGCAAGCAAAAUUGACCUUAGCCAUUAUAUUGCAACGCUUCUCUUUUACAUUAGCCCCUAGCUACCAACAUGCACCCACAGUCCUUAUGCUGCUCUACCCACAAUAUGGUGCACCCAUUAUUUUUAAAAGCCUAGCCAAUCAAAAUCCCAAUGAUCCAUCAAAUUAAAAAAAAAAAAAAAAAACCCAAA